GGCAGAGCCGCCAUUGAGGGAAUCUCUUUUGAGAAGGGAGGAGGCAGGCAAGUGAGAUUUGGCCUAAUGGAGACAAGAGAGCUUUGUUUGUCUUUCUCCCUCUCAUGCUGGCAGCUGAAAUCAUCCAGUUUCACAAAACACACACCCAUCUUGCCAUCCAGUGUUUUGAACUUUCAAGCAAAUAAGGAACUGGGAACUAGGAACCAACUUCAGCGUCGUCUUUUUGUGUGUGUGUAUGGACGAUUUUUUUAAGCACCUUCUGAAAUUUACUGUGUAGUUGAAUCAGCACAAAAUACAAAGUGACAGGGCAGCAGCCAAAGAGCAGAGAAAACAGCACCUUACAAUUCGCUGGUGGCCAAUCAUCAAUCGCAGUUGAGACGUCAUUCAUUGGCUAAAAACCUGAAGGAGUGGCGACCUGGAGAAGCAGGCUCGCUCAUUUUGCCAAAAUUGCAGGGGUGCACCCCCUCACAUUUGGGUAUUAACUCUAGGUCAGGUAGAAAGUUGCCUUUCUUUAAAAAAAAGAAAAGGUAAGAGUCUGGACCCCCUGCUGGCUCGCUAGAAACGUACCCUUUCUUACCCCUGUCCGCGGCACUGGUUACGUUAAGAGUUCAGGGCUGAGCGGGGGACGGAAGUCUAUUUAAAACCGAGCACAUCGCGUCUGGCAGUGGCAGUUGUUACGAUGACCGUCUCUGAGGCGCUGGAGAGCCGUCGGGUCUUGACGGGGCGCGCUUCCUUCGUCGUCUGCUGCAGUCUGGUACUGACGGCUGGCGCCCUGAUCGUCUCGCUAGCGGUACUAGCCGUGAUUCUGACGAGGCACCAGGAGCAGCUGCCGGGGCAAGAUAAGCAACAGCAGCGUUCGCCGGCGCCACCGAUUCCUCAUCCCCAGAUUUAUGCUCACCUGGUGCUUAAACUUCAUAAAAGCUCACGCAUAGCAAAUAGGACACUGGACUGGUGGAAUGAUACUGAAGGAGUACUCCUCGGCCGAGGAUUUGAAUCCAGCCAUCAAAGGCUAGGGAUUAAGCACAAUGGCCUGUACUACAUAUAUGCCCAGAUUACUGCUAUACAUCAGCUCCCCAACAUUAACGAGGAGGUGAAUGUAAGCCUCAUCAUCAAUCAUCAUCCUGCCACAAGGUCUGCUCCUUCCCCUAUUCUGACUCUCCCUUUGCAUCUGUCUCCCACUUUGAAUACAACAGUUGCAGCAUUCAUGGCCGUCUCAUCAUAUCGACUGGCAAAUAAUGAUAAACUCUCCGUGGAAUUAAUAUCAAGCAGCUCAGUUAAUAAUAGCUGGUUCCUUCAUGACAGUGCUAACUUCUUUGGUCUCUACCAGAUCCCUGAGAAGCCUAGUUCAAAAGUAAUGGGGAUUAAUUGCUUUCCUGUUAUGCAUGGAAUGGAGCGAAAGCAGUAAAUAACUUUCGGACAAUGCUUGAGACAGUUCCUCUGGCUCAAAAUUCACAGCUGUAUCUACUUGGAGACUCUUGCAGCUGAAGUAUCUUGGGUGAAAUAGGACCAGAACUUCAAUGUGAAACAUGAUAUUAAAGUGUUGUACAUGGAUCUGUGUGGAAACUGGGCUAAAGUGAAUAAUUGAUAUAUGUCAUGCUUAUUUUGCACUGUGAGCCAAUCUUUGUAUGUGAUUGGAAAGCAAACUGGGCAGGCUGAUCAGCUAGAGCUGGUUUGGGGUAUCUGCCUCAGAGAAUGAAGUUGGGCUUGAUGACCUUUGAAGAUCCUUCCACUCUUAUGUUGUAUAUCUAAAUUCACUAAUAGGCAAAAAACCUUGCGGUUUAAGAAUGUACCUAUAGCCAACAAAUAUUUCUAUCAAACUUUAAAAAGCACGGAAAUUGGGCAGCUAUAGUGAAUGCACCAGGGGAGCAGGAGACCUGACCUCCUCUCUGAGAUACUGUACUGCCCUACAAAUUUGUCAAAAUGCAAACACAAUUUGGAUUGGUCUUUCACAGUUCAACAUCAUCCAGUUAGCAGCCCAGAUCUCUGCUUGGAUGAAUGACAAAAGUGUGUAUGAAUCUUCAAAAGUAGUAAGGGAGCAUAUUGGUGAUUUGCUUCCUUUUCCUCUCUGCAAACACAAUACUGUACCAACAAAGUAUCUAGCACUAAGUAAUAGCCCAGAUCUUGGCUAGAAUGUUAUUUGAAAUGAAAAACUAAUUUAUAUUUUAAGUAAUUUAUUGUUAUAACAUUGUAUUUUAUUGACAUAAUAUUUAAACUUUGCAUUGUAUUUAAUAGAUUUAUUUUGCAUUGUAUCACUUUCUAUGUGAAAGUCCACAUAUACAGAAAAUGAAUUGCCAAGACUAUGUCUAAAAGAAAGUAUGGCCAAUGAUGUAUGUAUUUCCAAGGAACAUGCUGUUCUCCAGACAGUAGUCUGCAGACUAGAAAGGCUCAGCAAUCAAAGGAAGUUGGUGUCACAGGGCACAGAGUACAUGCAUUCAGGCACAGCAAUAUAUGUUACAUAUUACAUCAAAAAUCCAAAGGAGAUCCAGCAAUAAAGU